AUGCACCGGCGCCGCUGGACCUCGGUUCUUCUCCUGGUGGCGCGCUUGCUGUUGUGUUUGCUCGUGUCGAUGCCGCCGCCGUCGGCCGUCGGCUCUGCUGCGGAGGUGGACGAGCGGGCGGCGGAGAGGGCGGCGCUGCUCCAAUUCAAGAGCUCAGUUAGGUCUGAUCCGGCGGGAUUGCUGGCUCUAUGGACGGACUCCCGGGGGUCGGACGCGUGCUCGUGGCCGGGAGUUUCGUGCGACGCGAGAUCUAGGGUUGUGGAGCUCAGCGUUUCUGGGAGAUGCGGCACUGGUGCAUUUAUGUGGUCAUGGCCGUUCUGGAGAGUCUGCUCGGGUAAGUCGGAGGGACUGGAGGGGGUUAUUUCCCCUGCUAUCGGGCAGCUGUCGGAGCUCAGGGUGCUUCGGCUACCUUUCCAUGGUUUCGUGGGAGAGAUACCUGGAGAGAUCUGGGGCUUGCGGAACCUGGAGGUGCUCGAUCUGGAAGGGAGCUCUGUUUCGGGAGCCCUUCCUUCCCGGUUUCCGCAGGGACUGCGAGUGCUCAGCCUGGGUGCCAACCAGAUCAGCGGUAAGAUCCCCGCUUCCCUCUCUGACUGCCUGAAUUUGGAGAUUCUGGACCUCUCUCGCAACCAGAUAAACGGGACGGUACCCGCUUUUCUCGGAGGAUUACCGAAACUGAGUGAGUUGCAUCUGUCAUUCAACCGUCUCGUGGGAUCUAUCCCAAGCGAGCUUGGAGACGGGUGUGGGAAUCUUAAGCACCUUGAUCUGUCGGGAAAUCUUCUGGUUCGGGGAAUUCCUGGUAACCUCGGGAAUUGCAGUGAGCUUCGAUCCUUGCUGUUGUUCUCCAAUAUGUUGGAGGACAUCCUUCCGGCAGAGAUUGGGCGGCUGACGAAUCUUCGGGUGUUGGACGUGUCGAGGAACAGCCUUAGCAGCUUUGUACCGGUGGAGAUUGGGAAUUGCAAGGAGUUAUCUGUUCUUGUUUUGUCAAACCCUUACCACCUGGUUACCUUCAGGGAGAGCCUAGAUGAUGGCGGCGGUGACUUCAACUAUUUCCAAGGCGGGAUUCCUGAGAGCAUCACGAGUCUUCCGAAGCUCAGGGUGCUCUGGGCCCCAAGAUCUUCAUUGGAAGGUCCGAUUCCGACGAACUGGGGAGCUUGUGAGGGUUUGGAAGUGGUCAACCUCGCUCAGAAUCUAUUCACUGGGGAGGUUCCUGUUGUGUUUGAGCAAUGCAGGAAUCUUAGGUACCUGAACAUAAGCUAUAACAAGCUGACUGGCUGGUUGAAGGAGCAACUUCCUGUGCCCUGUAUGGAUGUGUUUGAUGUCAGUGAAAAUCUCUUGUCAGGUUCGAUUCCAAGAUUCUCUUGCAAUGCUACCCGUUCAAUCAAGUUCCUCCCAUACGACCUGCCAUCGGCAUAUUCCAGAUUCCUUGCAUAUCAGCCUGUUUCUGGAAGCCUACAGUCUCUUGUUGGUUCCAACGGGCCCACAGUUUUUCACAGCUUUGGAGGCAACAAUUUCACGGGCCCAUUGCCAGCUUUGCCGAUUAUCCCUGGCAGAUUUGGGAAGCAGACAAGCUACGCAUUUUUGGCUGACAGUAACAGCCUUGCUGGGUCGUUUCCAGGUACUUUAUUUGACCAAUGCAAGGCUCUGGAUGGAUUGUUCAUUAACAUCGGUGACAACCUGAUUCAUGGUGAGAUUCCCACGAAUAUUGCUGCUGCCUGCGGAUCACUCAGAUUUCUGGACGUCUCUAGAAAUCACAUCACCGGAGAAGUUCCCCAGGAUUUUGGGUCUCUACAUUCACUUCUUGGCCUGGACUUGAGCAGGAACUCUCUGCAGGGUCAGAUUCCUGUCCAUUUCAGUCAGCUGAAGGAGUUGGAAUAUCUCCUGUUGGCAGGAAAUAAUCUGACCGGUGAAAUCCCUUUCGGUAUUAGCCAGAUGCACUCUCUCAGGGUACUAGACCUCUCUUCAAAUGCACUCUCAGGUGAGAUCCCGGAUGAUCUUGUAAGCUUGAGGAACCUCUCUGUUCUCCUGCUCAACAAUAACAAGCUCUCCGGGAAGCUCCCAUCUGCUGUUGCCAACGUGAGCUCACUCUCGAUUUUCAAUGUCUCAUUCAACAACUUAUCUGGGCCAAUCCCCCCGAAUAUCAGCAGAAUAAUCUGCGACGGCACUGUGGGGAACCCCUUUCUUCAGCCCUGCCAUCUGCCAUCUCUCUCCAUUCCGCCACCAGAGUUAGAAGGCCAAAGUGGGAGGUCUCUAUCAUACGGCACCUCCCCACCGGAGAGCCCAAUUACCAAAGACAGCCAUGGAUUCAGCCCCAUAGAGAUCGCCUCAAUAACUUCUGCAGCUGCCAUUGUUUCCAUCCUGUUGGCUCUCAUCGUCCUCUACAUAUAUACCAGGAGGUGCACUCCUCGCUCUGCAGUUCGAUCAUCAGGCCGAAGGGAGGUCACCGUCUUCACCGACAUUGGGGUCCCUCUGACCUAUGAGAACGUUGUCCGUGCGACUGGGAAUUUCAAUGCCAGCAAUUGCAUCGGCAGCGGCGGCUUUGGAGCCACCUACAAAGCUGAGAUCUCCCCGGGAGUGCUCGUUGCCAUCAAGAGACUCUCAGUGGGGAGAUUUCAAGGGGUCCAACAAUUCCAUGCAGAGAUCAAGACUCUCGGACGGUGGCGCCACCCCAAUCUCGUCACCCUCAUUGGCUACCAUGUCAGUGAAUCAGAGAUGUUCCUCAUCUACAAUUACCUCCCCGGCGGAAACCUAGAAAAGUUCAUCCGCGAUCGGUCGAAGCGGGCGGUGGAUUGGCGGAUGCUGCACAAGAUCGCCCUUGAUGUCGCUCGUGCCCUGGCAUAUCUCCACGAUCACUGUGUGCCCAGAAUUCUCCACCGGGAUGUCAAGCCCAGCAACAUCCUCCUCGACAAUGAGCUCAACGCCUACCUCUCGGACUUUGGCCUGGCCCGGUUGCUGGGGAACUCUGAAACCCACGCCACGACUGGCGUGGCGGGCACCUUCGGCUAUGUCGCCCCCGAAUAUGCGAUGACUUGCAGGGUCUCCGAUAAGGCCGACGUGUACAGCUAUGGCGUUGUGCUGCUGGAGCUGCUCUCUGAUAAGAAGGCUCUUGACCCAUCCUUUUCCCCUUACGGGAAUGGCUUCAACAUCGUGGCGUGGGCCGCCAUGCUCCACCAGCAGGGCCGCCACCAAGAGUUCUUCACCGAGGGGCUCUGGGACGCCAGCCCCCAUGAAGACCUUGUGGAAGCUCUGCAUUUGGCGGUGAUGUGCACCGUGGAUUCUCUCUCUAUCAGGCCGACCAUGAAGCAGGUCGUUCAGCGGCUCAAGCAACUCCAGCCCCCGAAUUCCUAG